AUGCCCGGAGCACUUUCCCAGUGGCUUUACAUAGGGAUGGAGGUGGCGAUUGCAGUCGCGUCUGUGAUCGGGAAUGUGAUGGUGGUUUGGGCGGUGAAAAUUAACAAAUCGUUGCGAGACAACACGUUUUGUUUCAUUGUCUCCCUUGCCCUGGCGGAUAUAGCAGUGGGAGCCCUCGUUAUCCCUUUGGCCAUUACGAUCAGCAUCGGACUCCAAACUCACUUUUACAGCUGCCUGCUCGUGGCGUGCACGGUGCUGGUGCUGACGCAAAGUUCAAUCCUGGCCCUCCUGGCCAUCGCAAUUGACCGCUAUCUCAGAGUCAAGAUCCCGACCAGGUACAAGCGAGUGGUGACCCCUCGGCGAGCGGGGCUGGCAGUGGUGAUAUGCUGGAUGGUGGCUUUCAUCGUGGGACUCACGCCCAUGUUUGGCUGGAACAACCUGAGUCGCCUCCAGCAGAACGGCUCCAUCAGCUCUGACCUCAUUAUCACCUGCCAGUUUGAAAACGUCAUCAGCAUGGACUACAUGGUCUAUUUCAACUUCUUCGGCUGGGUGCUGCCGCCGCUGCUGCUCAUGCUGGUCAUUUAUGCAGAGAUCUUCUACAUGAUCCACAAGCAACUUAACAAUAAGAAGUUCACCACCAGUCACUCAGACCCCAACAAGUACUAUGAUAAGGAGCUGAAUCUUGCUAAAUCGCUGGCUCUGGUUCUUUUUCUCUUUGCCAUCAGCUGGCUCCCCCUCCACAUCAUCAACUGCAUCACACUAUUCUACCCUGAGUGCGAGAAGCCCAUAGUCCUUCUCUACAUCGCCAUCCUGCUCACCCACGGCAACUCUGCUGUCAACCCAAUCGUCUACGCAUUCCGCAUUAAGAAGUUCCGCACGGCAUUCAGGAAAAUCUGGCAGCAUUAUCUCUGCUGCAAGGACACACCAGCUCUGGAGAUUCAGCCCAGUGACAAGAAAGAGAUGCCCAAUCCAGAGCCACUGCAGGCAACAUCACCGCAGCCCCUCCAGAAGAACAUCCUAAAAUCUGAUCCAACACAACAGCAGUUGCCUCCAACUGAGCAGCAGCAGGACCUGAGGACCGAACAACUACAGCAACCUAAAGAACAUCCGCCCUUACUGGAGCAGAAUGUAGUUUAA